UAUCGAUAUCAUUUGAUGUAUAAACUAUUUAUUGAUACAGUUCAAUAUAUGAUGAUAAAUAAGCUUACAAUUAUCUGAAAAUGGAAGUAACAGGAAGAAAAUUAGAAUCUGAAAAUAUAUCUGUUCUGUUUUGUGAACCAUGUGAGGUCGAAAAUUCGAAAACAUCAGCAAACGGGGCGUGCCGAGAAUGCAAGGAGCAUAUGUGUGCCACGUGCUUCCGACAUCAUUUAAAGAGCAAACAAUGUAGAAAUCAUGUGUUGCUUUCUCUUGAAGAGUUUUCGUCACUUACGCUAGAUUGUGGAUCAGAAGAUGUCAUCAAAUGUAAGAAACACGACGAUGAAAACAUCAAAUUUUAUUGUCGUUCACAUGAUGUCGUUGGAUGUGGAGAUUGUAUAGUGUUAGAACAUACAUUAUGUAAACCGGAAUAUAUCAAGGACUUGGCGAAGACAUUCGCAGACGAAGAUGUACACAAAUCAAUUGUAAAAAGAGUUGAAGAUCUUAGAAAGAUGAAAUCAGAUUACGAACAAGAGAUCGAAAAAAGUAAAGAAGAAAUUGGAAAGAUGAAUGAAAAGGCUCUUAAAGAUAUCCGUGAAUUUAGAAGAGAAAUUAAUACAUGUUUGGAUGAAGCAGAGGCAAAUCUCUUAUCAGAAAUGAAGAAAAAGAGUAAGGAAAACACAGCGAAACUGGAAGAGAUAGAAAAUGGUUUACAGUCGUUA